AUGGCAGAAGGCUUGUCCAUUCGGGAUGAAGAGCGCGAAUUCCUAUCCCUUCAUGAAUGUCUAGUUGCAGAGUCCACAGAAUUGUACUUAGAUUUCUCUGGGUCAGCAGCAGAAUUCCUGCCAAAGAUCUGGAUGCCCAAAAUUGACCGGGUUGUGAAUCACCAGGCAAGUUUGACCGAAGAGGAGCUUGUGCCAAUGCAAAAUCUGGGGUUCAAAAUUUUGGACAGAGCAUAUGAAGAUGAAUCGGAAGAGGAAGACCUCUUCGACUACCAAACCAUUGAGAUAUUUGACGAUGUUGAGAUGGCAGCAAUCCUGAGAAAGGCAGCGCAAAUCAACGGACUUGACAAACUACGACGUCUGGUCGAAGAUGAUCGGAAAGCCUGA